AUGCGUGGAAUUGGACAACAGAGGAUUGAAUUCGUUGUGGAAGCUGCAUGCGAAGAGUUAUUUCAGAGUAUCAGUGAGGCCAAUCAGUCCAUGCUGUUGUUUUAUUGGUCAAUCUUCAUGGGAUUGUUUGUCACUUACUCUACCAUGUCGAUUGUUGUGCUCUACAUUCGGCAGACAGCCAAUAUCACCGCGUCCUUGUCAUCUUCAACAGAAUAG